AUGACCGCAGUGAAAGGUGGCGGCCCUCUCCUGCUUGGCAUCACGGUUACCCUCAGACCUCUGCCAAAGCCCGAGACUAUCAAAAAGAGGACCAAGGAGUUCCUCUGGCAUCAGUCACACCCAUAUGUAAAAAUUAAGCUCAACUGGCAGAAACCCCAAGGCACUGACUAUAGGGUGCACAAAAGAUUUAAGAGCCAGAUCUUGAUGCCCAGCCCUGGUUAUGGGAGCGACAAGAAAACAGAGCACAGGCUGCCCAGUGGCUUCCAGAAGUCCCCAGCCCACAGCAUAAAGGAGCUUGAAGGACUGCUGGUGUGCAACAAAUCUCAGUAUGCGGGGUCUGCUGACAAUGUCUCGACCAAGAACCACAAGACUACUGCGGAAAGAGCAGCCCAGCUGGCCCCCAGAGUUGACAGUCCCAAUGCCAGGCUGCGCAGAGAAGAAAAUGAAUAG